AUGACCAUUCAACUCAAGUACCAAGGCAGCCCAUUCAGCCAUCGCGGUUUCUCCGCCGACGGGCUGCAGCUGCCCGGUCUGCCCGUCGCCGCCGCUUCAUUCUGGGCUUGGCGACAGCUGAGCGCCGCUGAGCGCCUCCUGGAAAACCUCAGGGCUUACCGCGUUUACAGCGCACUCCUACCGCUGGUCGCGGAAGAGCAAACCGCGUUAAACCCCACGGCGCUGGACCUGUUGAAGUUACUGCGGGAAACCCACAGCCAAAUCCGCCAGUUAGUCUGCAACCUCACCGGGGUGAUGAGGGACCUGGGGCUGCGGGUCCCCGGGGCGGCGGGACAGCCGCUUCCCUCGCCCGAGGUGCGAACCCCGGCCUGGGAAAGGAAAGUCCGGGGGUACCUCGUCUGUGUCGGACUGACCGCCUGGCUGGAGCGGACCGUGAGGGAUUUGACUUUUUUAAAAAAGAAGCACCGGCAAUAA